AUUUCCGGCAUAGCAUGACGCAACAUCCGUCGAGCAUGUCUAUUGACAACAGCUAGCAUUCAAUUCUAAAGGGUAACCCGUGUUGGGAGUCAGCCUCUGUUUCUCCCAUCAUUAGUGGUGUCCCGGCACCUAUUCUGAUGUUGGCCCGCAUACUUCUCUGUGCCCGGCCCGUCUCCGCCACCCUACCCGCCUUAACUCGCCCCCUGGCCCACUCCACCGCUCAUAUGGACCCCGGCUCCGGGGGUCGGCCUGUGGAGACGGCGAUCAGAACCAAGCUGACCGGCGCCCUUGUGCCAGCGCACCUAGAAGUCCACAACGAGAGCCACAUGCACGCCGUGCCGCCGGGCUCCGAGUCCCACUUCCGCGUGUUGGUGGUGAGCGCAAGCUUUGACGGCCUCUCUCUGAUACAGCGCCACCGCCUGGUGAAUGAGGCGCUGCGCGAGGAGCUGAGCAGCUGUGUGCACGCACUGGCCAUCCAGGCCAAGACCCCCGCCCAGUGGGGCAGUAACCCCUCCGUGGCCAAGAGUCCCCCCUGCAUGGGGGGCUCAAAGGGGGACCACUCUGUGGAGGUGAAGCUGGCGGCCGGGAGAGAGUGACUGAGGGGGACUUACAUGGUGGUGUGUCAGCUCUACACCCCUCUGCAAAAGAUGGCAUGGUCGGAGUGUGAGACGUUGGAGGAAUGGAAGUUCCAUGUGAAUUAAACAUUAAAAUAUUGUUUUAUAACGGAAAUGUUCACUCAACUGUGAAUGUUAGUGUUUUAUGAUGGAUGUCUUUGAUGGAUGGAAUAAUAAAUGGAAUCGAACUUAAUCCUUCUGAAUAUAAUAAAUAUAUCUCUGAAAUGGCACUAGCCAAUAUGUUUAAAUAUACAGCAAUUGCAUAUACAUAUAAAUAUGAACAUAUAAAUUACAUUGUUGAGGUUCACUGCAGUGAUAUCUUAUAAGGAAACUUGUUCCCAGCCUUUAUUUCAAAUCAAUGUGACUAUUUGACUGGAGACUGGGUAACAAAAUAGUCUGUAUCAAUACCACCCUGACCUACUUAAAUAUAUUAAAUAAUACAUUGAAUAAAAUACCUCAGUAAUUGUG